UGUAAUCCUGAUCACGCUAAAACAAACACUUGAAAAAACGUGAUCUCAGCCGGACACUAUACCUACUAUGAACAGGAACAUUCACACAUAAUUUGGUUUAAAUUCGUUUAAUGGUCUAAGAUAAGAAAUAUUAGCAAAUGAGGAACCACCCCAAUUAAUGGCAAUAGAUAACUCGGAACUUUUAGUCCAUCUAUACUUUUUUUGUUUUAUGCAUAGUAAUCUUUUAAGUUUUGAUACAAAUUGUUGACCUCACAUUGACUUUACAAUGACAUUCCUGCCCUAAAGUGACAAACAUUUAUAUCAUUUUAUUAAUUUAUCAAUAUAUCAAAUACAUUUGAACAGAUUGAGGAAUUUAGCCCUUUUUUGGCAAUCCCGGGCACCAAGCACUAUCAGUUUAAACUGUAUACAUUUUGUACAAAAAUAAGAAUGUGUGUGUUAUUUAUUUAUUUCCAUAGGCCAGUGGUUACUCCUACCAAACAAAACGUAUUAGAUCAACCGGCCAGCGGUAACUCAGAGGCCACGUGUCAUUGCCCUACAGAAAGUCGUUGCAUACAGAAAGAUGGAAAUAUUGCAGAUUUCAUAACAUUGCAAUCAGAGGUAACAUCGACUACAUUGCAGGACGUAUCAGAUAAAAUAAACAUCGGAAUUUCAGGAGAUAACAACAAAAUUAACAUUGAGCGGUUAAUUCUGAUUGUCUCGUUAAGUUUGUGUGCAAUUCAGUUUUCAGUUAUAUGUUAUUGUUUAGCUGUAAAGAAACUUGUGGAGAGGAAGAACACAAUACGCGCUGUAAGCUUUCAUGGCCAAUCAAAUACCAGUUAUCCUGUUGGUACAGGAGAUCAUUACGAAGAAAUCGACAUAGAAUUGGAAAUAAGCAGUAAUAUCAUUACCCACAAUACACCAGUGAGAAGAAGCCCAAUACAAAUAGAAUCGAUGCGAGAUUCACCAGGUCAUAUGAUACCCAUAACACAAGACAGAAGUAUCAAAGGUACAAUAGCAGAGGCACUUGGAGAUUAUACAGUCUCAGCUGAUGAAAAUUCUUCUUCAGAUGGGAACAGGAGCAGUAAUGACUUAAAUUAUGAAUCAGGAUACUUAAAUCCGUAUCAACCACUUCAAACAAAUGAGUCAAAUACAGCAGAGCACCCAUACAAUGAAACAACAAAUGACAAAUUGUCAAGGAAAAGUGUUGAUGUUAAAUCGGGUCAAUCGACAGCUUCUUAUAUUUGUCCAUUAUACGACCAUUCUCACAGGGAAAUAACUACAGACGAAACUGCAACGAAGAUGCCUUAUACCGAUAUCAUUGAAAGGUCAAAUGAACCUGAAUUCUACCAAUCUCUUGAUCGUAGAACUUCACCAUCGCAUAAACACCCAUCUCUAGACAUAAAACAAGACGAAAGCUCUUAAACAAACCCUUGAUAAUUAUGGAUCCGAUGAUAUAAAUUCUUGCUAAAUAGUGGAUUAUUUUAUUGCACCGGACAUACAGAGUUUAGAAUAUAAAAGGCAACUCAAAUUUGAUCAAAGCUUAAAUUGCUUCACGAUUUGAAAUAUAUAUAUUUUACGAAUUCAAAACUUUUUAACAGGCGGUAUUGAAAUUUAAUAGUAUUUUUAAUACUUAGCUCUUGUGAUUGCGAAAGUGCCGUAAAAUGUUGCAAAUUGUUGGUUUAAAAAUCAAAC